UUAAACAAUUUAAAAAAUAAGAAAGAAAAUCACGCCUCCUUGCCUUCUCGUACCACAUUUAUAUAUAACCACCACUUUCAUGUCACAACCCAAGCUUGUGAAUACGCGAGUGGUUGUUUUCUAUAUCUCUUUGGAUCAUGCGAAACACAACAAUGGCUGUGAAGGAGAAGCUCGGUAUCAAGCAUAGCAAGCCCAACAAUGCCAAGGAGGUUCACUACAGGGGCGUUCGCAAGAGGCCGUGGGGCCGUUACGCCGCCGAAAUACGAGAUCCCGGCAAGAAGAGUCGUGUCUGGCUGGGGACGUUCGACACGGCGGAGGAGGCCGCAAGAGCCUACGACGCCGCCGCCCGGCAAUUCCGUGGCCCCAAGGCUAAGACCAACUUUCCUCUGCCCAGUGAAAGCGGUCUCAACGGAAAUAACCAGAGCCCUAGCGAGACUAGCACCGUGGAGUCCUCCAGCCGAGAAGGCUCAGAGCGUGAUAUAACGCGCCGCUGCGAUGUCGGCGUUGUCGUGGAUCGGUUCCCGUUCCUUCCGAUUCAGCCGCACCACAUGGCGUUCGGUUGUGGAGGUGGCGGCAUGGCGGGUUUAGUACCAGGUAUGCGUCCGGUUUUCUAUUUUGAACCGGCUGCUGGUGGUAGGGCUGAGUUUGUGGGUCAGCCAUAUCCGUUGCCGGUCGAUGUUAAGACAAAAAUGGGAAGUGCGGCUUCAAGCGAGUCCGAUUCGUCCUCCGUCAUUGAUGGUCAGCCUAAGAAAGCUAUCAAUCUUGAUCUUAACCUGGCUCCUCCAUCGGACGAUUGAGAUUUCGCUUUCUCCUGCCCAGCUGAUUUUUAUUUUUUGUUUUUUUAAAUCUAAUCUAAUCAUCAAUCUCCUAUUAUGUGAGGGAAGAGCCGAAGAAAAGUUAAUUAUUAGUUAUUACUGCAUCUUUGGUGUAAAUAGGGCCUUUUUCAUAUCCCCUGUUUUUUUAAGUUAAUUAACCAGCUCCGAAUAUCUAUGGAUCCAUUUUAACUUUCUGUAACCUCUCGAGUUUAGAUAUAGUUUAAUUUAACUUUCUUUUCUUUUGUUUCCCCAGAA